GGUUCACUUCCUAUAGGGACUGAAAACCAAGUGAGGAGAUGAGGGAUUACUUUGUUUAACACCAGAGAAUACAGAGAGGAUAGACACUGCCAAUAGAUCCUGACUGUCACCCAAGGAACAACAGCACAACAGUGGAAAGACACCAAAUUACUUCACAGCAUUGCUCAACACAAAGAAGUUUGGGCAGUGAAACCAUCAGCUGGAAAUCGAUUGGGUCAGGGGAACUCUGAUCUGUCAUCAGAUCUGAAACUCAGUAGUGGUGUGGAGCCUUCCCUCUGAAGGUUCGGUUGUAGGUGAUCGAACAGGGUGAGGUUGGGAAGGAAUCUGAGUGGGUCCAAAUGUGGUUAGAGCUUCAGUCAUUCAUCAAGCCUCAUGAACUGACUCACUCAUGUAGGUGAGAGCUGUUCAAGUGUGAUGAGGGCUCCACAGCCUUGUAAAAUCUUCUAAUGCACAAGGUGCAUCUGCUCUACAGCCACAUGGAAGAGAAGCUAUUUGAAUGUGAGAUGUGUGACCAAGAUUUUUCACAGUCCUCAAAUUUCCAAACACACCAAAGCAUGCAUACAGAGGAGAAGGCAUUCACUUGCGAACUGUGUAACAAAUCCUUCUCACAGUCAUCAAACCUCCGUGUACACCAACGUAUCCACACAGGAGAGAAGCCAUUCACAUGCAAAGUAUGCAAUAAGUCAUUUGCACAUUCAUCAACACUCCGUAAACAUCAACGUAUUCACACAGGGGAGAAACCAUUCACAUGUGAGGUGUGUGACAAAACGUUUUCGCGACCAUCAACUCUUCACGAACACCAACGCAUUCACACAGGAGAGAAACCAUUCACAUGCAAGGUGUGCGACAAAUCAUUCUCAUACUUAAUGAACCUCCGGGUUCACCAACGCAUUCACACAGGAGAGAAACCAUUCACCUGUGAGGUGUGUGACAAAGCUUUCACACAGUUAUCACACCUCCAGGCCCAUCAGACAAUCCACACAGGAGAAAAACCCUUCAAAUGUGAGGUUUGUGAUAAAGCUUUCCCAACAUCUACCAGGCUUCUGAUGCACCAGAGGAUUCAUACAGGAGAGAAACCGUAUAGGUGUGAAGUGUGUGAGAUGUCUUUCACGCUAUGCUCCGAGCUCCUGAUGCACCAAAGGAUUCACACUGGGGAGAAACCCUUCAAAUGUGAGGUUUGUGGGAAAUCUUUCUCACAGUCAUCGAAUCUUCAUGCACAUCAACGUAUUCACACGGGGGAGAAACCAUUCACAUGUGAGGUGUGCAAUAAAUCCUUCUCACACUUAAUGAAUCUUCGUGUACAUCAACGCAUUCACACAGGGGAGAAACCAUUCACGUGCAAUGUGUGUGCUAAAUCCUUCAGACAAUUGUCAAGCCUCCUUAGACAUCAGACAGUUCACACAGGGGAGAAACCCUUCAGAUGUGAGAUUUGUGCCAAAGGUUUUGCGGCCUCUACAACCCUUCUAAGACACCAGAGGAUUCACACAGGGGAGAAACCCUUCAGGUGUGAGGUUUGUGAUAAAGCUUUCACUCAAUCCUCUGGUCUCCUGACACACCAGAAGAUUCACACUGGAGAGAAUCCCUUUAAGUGUGAGUUCUGUGACCGAGCUUUCACAAAGCCUUCAGCACUUGUUCAACACCAACGUAUUCACACAGGGGAGAAACCAUUCACGUGUGAGGUGUGUGACAAAUCCUUUUCACAAUCAUCAAAUCUCCGUGUGCACAAGUGCAUUCAGAAAAAUGAGAAUCUAUUCACCUGUAAGGUGUGCAACAAAUCAUUCUCGCAGUCAUGGACUCUCCGUGUGCACCUGCGAAUCCACACGGGGGAGAAACCUUUCACAUGUGCGGUGUGCAACAAAUCAUUCUCACAGCCAUCGACCCUCCGUGACCACCAACGUAUUCACACGGGAGAAAAACCAUUCACAUGCGAAGUCUGUGACAAAGCAUUCAGGCAGUCAUCGAACCUUCGCGAACACCAACGUAUUCACACUGGGGAGAAACCAUUCAAGUGUGAGAUGUGCAAUAAAUCCUUCUCAUGGUUAACAAACCUCCGUGCACACCAACGCAUUCACACAGGGGAGGAAGCAGUCAAGUGUGAGGUAUGUGACAAAGUCUUCACACAGUUAAGGAGUCUCCUGCUACAUCAGACAACCCACACAGGGGAGAAACCCUUCAAGUGUGAGGCUUGUAAUAAAGGUUUUGCAACAUCCUCAACUCUCCUGAUACACCAGAGGAUUCACACAGGGGAGAAACCCUUCAAAUGUGAAUUUUGUGAGAUGGCUUUCAACCAAACCUCUGAUCUCUUGAGACACCAGUUGAUUCACACAGGGGAGAAACCCUAUAAAUGUGACGUGUGCAAUCGAACUUUCACACAGUCAUCGACACUUGGUAGACACAAACGCAUUCACACUGGGGAGAAGCCGUUCAAGUGUGAGAUGUGUAACAAAUUAUUCUCAGAUUCAUCGCACCUCCACAGACACCGACGGACUCACACUGGAGAGAAGCCUUUCACGUGUCAAGUGUGUAACAAAUCAUUCUUGAGAUCAUCAAACCUCCGUGCCCACCAAUGCAUUCACACUGGGGAAAUGCCAUUCAAGUGUAAGGUGUGUGGCAAGGGCUUUGCAGAAUCAUCAGCCCUGCUGAAACAUUGGCACAUCCACACAGGGGAGAAACCAUUCACGUGUGAGGUGUGUGACAAAUCAUUCUCACAGCUAGGAAACCUCUGUGUGCACAAAUACAUUCACAAAGUUGAGAAUCUCUAAUCAUGCUAAAUGUGCAAGAAAUCAUUCUCUGACUCAACAUCCUUCUGUGCACACCAACACACCCAGAGAGGAAAACCUUUUCCCUGCAAAGUGUGUAACAGUCCUUCUUAAGUUUGUCAGACCUUAUAUUCCAUCAGGGGAUCCACACAGAGGAGGAAGUCUUCAAUUGUGAACUUAGAGUGUUUUAUCUGCAAGAAGUUGAACCAUUUUGCACACAGUUGUUCUUCUUGGUGUUGUAGAUACUUAUAUAUGCAUGUCUUUGUUUUUUGUUUCCAGGUUUAAAUGGUAGAAUAUUAUUGCAAGGUGAAAGGAUGAACAAAUGGACGUAAUGCUGCAAUUGUACAGGGCAUCAAUGAGAUCAUUCAUGGAGUAUACAGUUUUACUGUACUAUACCAUGUACAGUUUUGGUCUCCAUAAUUAAGAAGGGAUAUAAAUACAAUAGAAACAGUUCAGUGAAGAUUCACUCAGCUAAGGUUGGACAGAUCAAGCCUGUGUCCAUUGAUUUUGGAGGAAUGAAAAGUUACUUAAUUGAAAUGAAUAAGAUCCUCUGGGGACUUCCCCGGGAGACCCUUGUAAUGUUCUGGGGACCUGGGUUCAAAUUCCACCAAGGUAGAUGGUGUAAUUUGAAUUCAGUAAAAAAGAAUUGUAAUUAACAGUCUAAUGAUGACCAUGAAUCCAUUGUCGAUUGUCAGGAAAACCCAACUGGUUCACUAAUGUCCUUCAGGGAAGGAAACUGCGAUCCUUAUCAGGCCUUGAUUGCAUGUAACUCCAGAACAACAGCAAUGUGGUUGACUGUUAACUGUCUUCAGGGAUUGGUAAUUAAUGCUGGCCUACAGCAGUGAGUGAAUAAAAACGAUCCCUCUGCACUGAAGCACUCUGACGUUUCUCUCCAUUUAGAUAAUAGGUUGAUUUUCUAUUCCUCCAAACAAACUGGAUAACCUCACACUUAUCCAUGUUAUACUACAUCUGCCAUGUUUUGGCCCAUUCACCUAAUCUAUCCAUUUUAAUUUGUAAGUUUCUUAUUUCUUUACUGCAACUUACAUUGCCACCUAUUUUACUGUCAUCUGCAAAUCUGCUAUAGGACCUUCAAUCCCUGCAUCCAAGUCAUUAAUAUAGAUUGUAAAUCAUUGGGCACAAUGAUCAAUCCCUUUGGUGCCCCAGUAGUUACAGCUUGUCAACUAGAAAAAGGCUCAUUUAUCCUGACCCUCUGCUUUCUGUUGUUUAGCCAGUCUUAUGUCCAAGUUCAUAAUUACCCUUAAUCUUAUGGAUCUUACUUAGUGUGCUAACCUUUUAUGCAGGACCUUAUCAAAUUCAUUCUGUAAGUCCAGAUAUACUACAUUUACAGGAUCUCACUUGUUACGUAUUUGAAGAACAUGAGCAAUUUAGUCAAACAUGAUUCACCCUUCAUAAAAUCAUGUUGAUUCUGAUGGACUUUAUUUUAACUUUCCAAAUAUCUUCUUUAAUAAUAGAUUUUAAAAAUUGACAGAUCUUAAACUGACUGUUUCCUACUUUCUGCCUCCCUCCCUGUUUUAAUAAGGGUGUUACUUUAACAUUUUUGAAAUCCCCUGGAACCGUUCUCUCAUCCAGGGGUAUUUUGAAUUAUUAUAACCAAUGGAUCUGCUAUCACUGCUGGCACUUACUUAUAGGAUAUCAGGCCCUGGGGAGUUAUCUGCCUUCAAUCCCAAUAAUUUGCUCAGUACUUAUUCCCUGGUAUGAUUAUUCUAAGUUCCUCAAUUUCUAUAACCUCUGCAUUACCAGUUUUAAUUGGGAUGAUACUAGUCCUCCGCCAUGAAAACAGAAGCAAAGUGUCUCUGCUAUUUGUGUUCCCCAUUAUUAACUUCCCAAAGGCAUCCUCCAAGGGACCAACAUUCACUACAUCUAUUUUCAUUCCAUUUAUAUACUAUUAGAAGCUUUUGAUAACUGUUCUUAUAUUUUUCUAGUUUUCUUCCAUAAUUUAUGUUCUGCUCUUUUUAUGAAAUUUUCAGUAACCGUGUGUUGAUCUUUACAUGUUUCCCAAUCUUUCAGCCUGGCACUUGCCUUUGCAACAUGGUAUGUCUUGGUUUUUGUCUUUAUAUUAUCUUUAGCUUCCUUGCUCAGCCAUGAUUUUUUUUUUCCCUCUCUUACAACCUUUCUUCCUUUCUGGAAUAUAUCUUCAUUGGAAACAAUUCAGUAUCUCCUUAAACAGCUAACGGCUUAUCAAAUGUCUUAACUUUUAGUCUUCCUGUCCUGUCCACUAGAGUCAGAUCUGUCCUCAUGAGUUUGUAAUUACCUUUGUUUAAUUCCAGACCUAUUUCUCACCCUCAAACUGAAUUAGAAAUUCUAGCAUGCUAUGAUCAUUCUUCUGAAAGGAUCCUUUUCUAUGAGAUCAUUAAGUAAUCCCACCAUGUUACAUAGUAUCAAAUCCAGAAUAACCUGCUCCCUGGUUGGUUCCACAACAUACUGCUCCAAGAAACAAUCUCUGAUACAUUCAGUGAACUCUCCCUCAAGGCUACCCUUGUCACUUUGAUUAAUCUAGUCUGUGAGUAUAUUAAAAGCAACCAUGCUAAAUUGCAACUGUAAAUGAUAACCCAUCAUGUGUGAUACAUUUUAAUUUUCUUCUGGCAGGUAAGUGUUGCAAAUACUUAGUCCAUGAUUCAUGCAUUGCAGAAUAUAAAUUUUAGUUUCAGGAUUAUAAUUUUUAGCUUGAAGGUUUAGAGUGAUCAGAAGGGAUACAGCUAUAAACCAAGAGGUCUUUGCUAAAGAACUGGAUGUAUAACUUUGAAAAUAAAUUUUCAGAAGUCUACUAUUUUGAACUAAUAUUUAUGGAUUUUAUCAAACCACCUUUUGAAAUAAUUCAGUUUGAAUUUCUGCUUGAUGGACAAGUAAUGUUGAAGGCAGCCUGAGAACACGAAAGGAACUGCUUGUGAGAUACUGUUUUUGAUGAAGUACAUGACCUUAAAGAUGUAAGAAAAAU